CAACGCUUCACACACACACUUCACACACACUGACUGACUCUCUCUCAGCUGCAGGACGCAUCAACAUCACUGACAAGACGUGCUGUCAAUGUUCUGCUCGUGGAAAUGUCGUUUAUAAUCCUCUUUAUAACAACUUUGGCCCUAUGGACCUCAGUCAGGGCGCAGCAGUUCCCAGAGUUCCCGGAUCUUUGCACUGAGGGCAGCUGCUACCCCGCCACAGGUGACCUGCUGAUUGGCCGCGCGCACAAGCUCAGCGUCACCUCCACCUGCGGUCUGAAGCAGCCCGAGCGCUUUUGCAUCGUCGGACAUCUGGAGGAGGAGAAGAAAUGUUUUGUGUGCGACUCCAGGAAGCCUUUUCAUGAGAACAACAACCAAGUGAGCCACACCAUCGACAACCUGGUCACCACCUUCGCCCACAACCGCCUGAAGACCUGGUGGCAGUCGGAGAACGGUGUGGAAAAUGUGACCAUCCAGCUGGACUUGGAGGCUGAAUUCCACUUCACACACCUUAUCAUGACCUUCAAGACUUUUCGGCCAGCUGCCAUGGUGAUUGAGCGGUCGAUGGACUUCGGGAAGACGUGGCAGGUUUAUCGUUACUUCGCCUACGACUGUGAGACGUCCUUCCCCGGGGUGUCCACCGGGCCGAUGGUCAAAGUGGACGAGAUCCUCUGUGACUCCCAUUACUCGGACAUCGAACCAUCCACAGAGGGAGAGGUGAUAUUUCGGGUGCUGGACCCUGUCUUCAAAAUAGACGACCCCUACAGCCUGAGAAUACAGAACAUGCUGAAGAUCACUAACCUCCGGGUAAAUUUCGUGAAGCUCCACACUCUCGGCGACAACCUGCUCGACCACCGAGAAGAGGUGACGGAGAAGUACUACUACGCCCUCUACGACAUGGUCGUCCGCGGGAACUGCUUCUGCUACGGUCACGCCUCCGAGUGCGCCCCCAUCGACGGAGAACCGCGCUCCGCAGAUGGCAUGGUCCAUGGCCGCUGUGUGUGUAAUCACAACACUGAGGGACUGAACUGUGAGCACUGCCAAGACUUUUACCAUGAUUUACCUUGGAGACCUGCAGAGGGACGAAACACACACGCCUGCAAGAGGUGUGAGUGUAACCAACACUCCUCAUCCUGUCACUUCGACAUGGCGGUGUACAUGACGACGGGCAACGUGAGCGGAGGCGUGUGCGAGAACUGUCAGCACAACACGGUGGGCCGGCAGUGCGAACAGUGCGCACCUUUCUUCUUCCAGCACCCAAACCGGGACCUGAGGGACCCCAGAGUCUGCGAGUCAUGUAACUGUGACCCGGCGGGCUCUCUGCAGGGCGGCCUGUGUGACUCCCACACUGAUGUGGCUGCUGGGCUGAUCUCGGGUCAGUGUCGCUGCAAAGCCAAUGUUGAGGGCGAGCGCUGCGACAACUGCAGGCAGGGACACCACAGCCUGGGAGAGGGGCCCGACGGCUGCUUGGCUUGUUCCUGUAACCCGCUUGGCACCCUGCCUGGAGGAAACCCCUGCGACUCAGUGACAGGAAGGUGCUUCUGCAAACGCCUCGUCGAUGGAGAAAACUGCGAUCAGUGUCUGCCGCAGCACUGGGGUCUGUCCAAUGACAUGGACGGCUGCAGAGCAUGUGACUGUGACCAGGGUGGGGCCGUCGAUAAUAACUGUGACCCUCACUCAGGGCAGUGUGUGUGCAGGGAGCACAUGUUUGGCCGGCGCUGCGAUCAGGUGGAGUCCGGCUUCUACUUCAUCACUCUGGAUCACUACACCUACGAGGCGGAGGACGCCAAGCACGGUCCUGGUGUGACGGUGGUACCGAGGCCGUACCCUCUGGACCGCAGUCCUACGUGGACCGGUAUGGGUUUUGUUAAUGUUCCAGAAGGAGCAUACCUGGAGUUCAACAUCAACAACGUCCCAGAGUCCAUGGACUAUGACAUCCUUAUUCGCUAUGAGCCGCAGCUGCCACAGCAGUGGGAGCAGGUGAAAAUCCAAGUGCAGCGUCCCGUCUUCAACCCUCUGAACUACAACGCUCACUGCAGUAACUCCAUCCAGAGCGGAGACGAGCAGGCCAUCUCUCUACCUCCAGGAUCCAGGCACGUGCUGCUGGUGAGGCCGGUGUGUUUCGAGAGAGGACAGAACUAUACCAUCCGCCUGACGCUGCCUCUCUACUCGUCAGUCGCUGACAUCCAGAGCCCGUACACACUCAUCGACUCUCUGGUGCUGAUUCCCCGGGUCAGAGAGAUGGAUAUGUUUGUUGGUGUCGACGGUGAUGAAGCGUGGGAUACGUUCCAGCGCUACCGGUGUCUGGAGGGCAGCCAGAGUGUGGUGAAGAGCCCGUUGACCGACAUCUGCAACGACUACAUCUUCAGCGUCUCUGCCCUGCUGCACAAAGGAGCCAUGGCUUGCCAGUGUGAGCCUCAGGGUUCCCUCAGCGCUGUGUGUGAUCCCAGUGGCGGUCAGUGCCGGUGUCGACACAACGUCGUCGGCAGGAACUGCGACCACUGCGCCCCGGCGACGUUUCAGUUCAGCCCCACCGGCUGCAGACCGUGUGAGUGUGACCCUCGAGGUUCGAUCACUGCCUUCUGCCACGAGGCCACGGGCCAGUGCGAGUGUGUCCCCGGGGCCAUGGGACGCCAGUGUUCCCACUGCCUGCCGGGCUUCUGGGGCUUCCCUCAGUGCAGACCCUGCCACUGUAACAGCCACAGCGAAUACUGCCACCCUCAGACCGGAGAGUGCCAGGGCUGCAGAGACUUCACCAGCGGACACCACUGUGAGAGGUGUCUUGAGGGUUACCAUGGAGACCCAGAGCUGGGUUCAGGGGGUCACUGUCGACCCUGCAUGUGUCCUGAUGGUCCUCGCAGUGGACGCCAGUUUUCUGACAGCUGUUACCUUACAACUACUAACCAGCUAGUGUGUGUGUGCAGCCUUGGCUACAAAGGUGCCAGGUGUGAUGAGUGUGCUCCGGGAUAUUUCGGGAACCCUCUUGUUCCCGGCGGCCGCUGCCUGCCCUGCCAGUGUAACAGCAACAUCGACAUGCACGACCCGGGCUCCUGCCACGCCCUCACCGGGGCCUGCCUGAAGUGCCUGCACCACAGCGAGGGCUACAGCUGCCAGCACUGUAAACUGGGUUACUACGGCAACGCUGCCUCCCAGAGCUGCAGGAAGUGCAUGUGUGACUCUGUGGGCACAUCACCCCGGGCCUGCUCCUCCCGCGAGUGUCAGUGCGAUCAGGUCAGCGGUGACUGCGCCUGCAAGCCCAACGUGGUCGGGCAAAACUGCAACCGCUGCGCCGUCGAUACCUGGGACAUCGCCAGCGGGACGGGCUGCAAGCGCUGCGACUGCGACCCCUCACACUCCUUCCAAUCCUCCUGCAAUGAGGUCACAGGACAGUGCUCCUGCAAACCAGGUUUUGGUGGCAAGACGUGUAAGGAGUGCAGAGAGCUCUUCUGGGGGGAUCCAGAGGUCAAAUGUCAUGCUUGUGACUGCGACCCUCGUGGAAUCUCAAGCGAGCAAUGCCACCGCGCGUCGGGGCAGUGCACCUGUGUGGAGGGCGUGUCCGGCCCCCGCUGUGAUAAGUGCGCUCGGGGCUACCAGGGGGAGUUUCCCGUCUGCGAACCCUGCCACCAGUGCUUUGCCGUGUGGGACACCGUGGUGGGCGAGCUGACCAAUCAAACACAGCGUCUGGAGGCCCAAGUGACAGAGCUGAAGAAGAGCGGCGUGACGUCUCAAUACAAGGACGUGAUCAAGAAGCUGAACAGAAACGUCGGGGCUGUGAGAGAAAUCCUGGAAACUAAUCCUACAGCGGUGAAGCUGGAGCAGAUAGAGGACCUGAUGCAUCGGAUUACCGGUGUCAUGUCCUACCUGAACGGAGAGCUGAACACCACGGAGGACACGUUGAACCUGCUCCACAGUGUCGCCAACGCCACCGACGCAAACUUGGACGCACUGACUGAGGAUGCCAACCAGAUGGAGCUGAGCAUCCAGGAGCUGAGGCAGCAGGUGUACAACGCCAAGAACGCCAACAUCCAGGGUGCCAUGGACACCAUUAUCUCUGCACACAUGAAGUCUACAAUGGCGGAGCUCCAGGCCAACAGCUCCACCAGUGAUCCCAGCAACACGGUGAAGCAGUCGGCCAUGAAGCGAAAUGGCACUGAGAACUUACUGAUCACGGCUCAGAAAGGGUUUGACCGCGCGCACAAAAGGAACUCGCAGAAGCUCGACAAACUGACCACCGACCUGGAUCAGCUUGACCUGUCUGCACUGAGCGAGAAGACGUGUGGUGGUGCAGCUGAAGGUGACGAAUGCUCUGGCUCCCCCUGCGGAGGUUUGGGUUGUGUUGGAGAGGACGGAGAGCCUCACUGCGGUGGAGAAGGAUGCCUUGGCCUCCGCUCGAAAUCACACACUGAUCUUAAAUCCUCUGAAGAAUUGGAGGAGGAGAUCUUAGAGGCAAUGCAGGAGGUGGACAAGCUCUCCAGGAUGGUAUGGGAAGCUAACAACCGCGCUAAGGACGCUAAGGUGAACGCUCUGGAAGUACUGGGGAAAUCCAACCGGAGCAAAGAGCGGGUGGAGCAGAGCAACGAGCAGCUGCGCACCCUCAUCAAGGAGAUACGAGACCUGCUCACCAAUGAAAAGGCAGAUAUUGCGGUGAUCGAGGCUGUGUCCAACGAGGUGUUGGCUCUGGAGAUGCCGGCGUCGACGGAAAAGCUGAAGGAGCUGACGAAUGAGAUCAGGGAGAAGGUCGGAACUCUGAGUAACGUGGAGACGAUCCUCGGGCAGAGCGCUAAAGACAUCCAGGCUGCAGAGGCGCUGCUCCAACAGGCCCAGGCUGCCAGUGAGAAGGCAUCUCAAAUGAAGGAGACAGCAGACAUCGUGAAGACGGCGCUGAAUGAGACUGAGCGCGCUCAGAGCAUCGCCAUGGACGCAAUCAUGCUCGCCCAGAACAACACGAAGGGAACCCUGGAACUGCUAGUCUCCGUGGAGUCGGAGACGGCGAUGUCGGAGCUGAAGCUCAGUAACACCACGAGGCGUCUGCUGCAGCUGGAGCGGGAGGUUGGCCUGCUGAGGCAGAACAACCUGGAGGUGACCCGCCUGGCAGAGAGCGCCGACCAGACCACAGAGCAGGCCCGACUGAACGCAGACGAGGCCCAGCAGGAGUUUGACGCGGAUGUGAAGGAUAAAUUGGUGGAGGUGGAGGACCUGGUGGAGGACAAAGGGGAGUCGGUGCUGCAGGCGAGGAGGAGAGCUGACGAGCUGCAGAAGGAGGCCAAAGAGCUGCUGGCUCAGAGCAGCAGCAAGCUGAACAGACUGGGAGAGUUGGAGAGUUCCUACGAGACUAACCAGCGGAUCCUGGAGGAGAAAGCUGCAGAGCUAGCCGAGCUGGAGAAAAAGGUUCUGCAGGUCCUGGAGGAGAUCAGCUACAAAGUCACACUGUACAGCACCUGCCAGUGAUCCUCCAGCUGCAGCACACCCUCGUCCUCAUGAGCACACCUGGGAUUUAUUGGUGCCAAAUGUUUUUAAAGCCUUCCCAAAGUAUUUUUCAGCUAAUAGGACCAAACACUGUCAAACGAUUGGCAACUCUACACUUAGCUGUGCCAAAAGGAUUUUACCAAGUUGGAAAGCUGCCAAAGACCAUUGAAGUAUUUAAGUUUCGAGUCCAAAAGAAAACCACUAAAAGCCAAUGUGACCUCAGAGCUCGAAACCAAGAAUGUGUAGAGAAUAUAGCGCAAUUUAGCUUUAUGAGAAACCACAAUCCAUGUUUUUAAAUAUAUGAAUGCACAUGUUUCAUAGAUACAUUUUAUACAGACCUAAUAAGCCCAAAGAUAUGAAGCAUUAUGUAGACCAAAGAACAUUUGAGAAUGGUUUUACGACUACAAACUAAUACAUUUGGAUUUGAAAAUA